AUGCCCGUCCCUACGAAACGCAAAACCCCGUUUACGUCAACGACGUCGAAAACUCCAGCAAAAAAAGCGACUACAUCGGCGUCAAGAUCAAGACCGGGGGCUAAUGGGAAUAUCUUGAAUUUCUUUAAGAAGGUGGAUGGUCCCUUACCACCGUUAGUCCAGAAUCGCGACGGAAAUGGAGACCUUAGGAAGUUUGGGUUCUAUAAAGGGCCCCGUCCAGCGAGGACCGGAGCGCUCGGCGGGGACAUGUUCUUCCUGGAUGGCGAUGAAGAAGCAGAAGAUGGAGAUCAAGGCUCGUGGAGAUAUAGUGAAGAUUUAGCAGAAGACCCUAAGGAAAUGGAGGACUUGUUCGGUCCGGCGAGUACUCAAGAACAGAGGGAGAUUUUGGAAACGGAGGAGGCCAUCAACGAAUCAUUAGCUUUGGGCCCAGCUACUUUCCCCGCGAGAGCUUGUACCCCGCCUCCGUUGGAUUUGGGUGCUCAUGGAGUAAUCGGGGGGGAAUUCGAUAUGCCAGCAAAUGACGACAUGUGUCCAUUCAGUUUCGAUGAUCCUAUCGGAGACAACGUCGCCGGCUCAUCCGUGGUCCCCGAACACCUAGUGAAUAAUCUAUCCCCACGGGAAACAGAGCACGCUGCUGAAUAUACACAAAAUCCUCUAAGUGCGACAGUUUUGCUGCCAUCGGAUUACAAUGUUGACGAGGACGAUCUCAUUGAAGACGAGGGUAUGGAGAACUUUGAUGAAGAACAGGAGGGACGAUGGAGGGACGCAGAAGAUGAUGAACUGGAAAACGAUGACGAGGAAAUCGGAGAAGAGAAAAUGAAUAGGAAGUUUAUGGAACAAGAGGAAUUAGAUGAAGCUGAAUUUCUUGCAUCGCUGAGUCCAUUGGACAAGGGUGAAGAUGAAGCUAGGUGUCUUGUCAGUUGUCCGAUAUGUGACGCCAACCUGACAGGAUAUGAAGAUGAUGUUGUAUCCCGCCAUGUAAACAGCUGUCUUGAUGGGAAUACAAUACCUCUGCCCUCGCGGGAAUCUAAACUCGUAGCAUCCAACCUGCCAAACCAACCUUCAAAGACAUUUCUUCAUCCUCCUCGCCCAGCACAGUCAAAUCCCUUCUCACACCCAUCUGCGACAACUUCUGCUCCAUCUGCCUUCUCUAAAAUCAUGGCUUCCAACGCUGAGGAUCGGGCCUGGAAAGAAGCCGCCGACGAGGAAACCCGCUCUAGGGGGAAACGUUCAUUCCAGCGGACUUGCCCCUUCUACAAAAUUCUCCCGAACCUCAACGUCGCCGUUGAUGCCUUCCGGUACGGUGCCGUAGAAGGUACAAACGCAUACUUUCUUAGUCACUUCCACAGUGAUCAUUACAUCGGCCUCUCAUCUAGCUGGAAUCAUGGUCCAAUAUAUUGUUCAAGGGUUACAGCGAAUCUAUGCCGACGACAGUUACGUGUAGACCCACAAUACAUCAAAGAGCUAGAGUACGAGAAAAGAACAGAGGUGCCUGGAACCGGUGGAGCGACCGUGACCAUGAUUGAUGCAAACCAUUGUCCAGGGUCGUCUCUAUUUUUGUUCGAGAAGACAAUAUCUUCGCCACGAGGGGCCCGGCGUCAGCGUAUUCUGCACUGCGGGGAUUUUAGAGCUUCUGCGAAGCAUCUGAGACAUCCUUUAUUAAGUGUGGCGAGGAAGAACAGGAUUGAUAUCUGCUAUCUUGAUACAACUUAUCUGAACCCAAAAUAUGCAUUCCCGCCACAAAAACAAGUUAUAGAAGCAUGUAUGGAGUUAUGCGUCAGCCUUGACAAGGAAGUCGAAGAGGGCAAAGAGCUGGGGUUUGGAGAGUGUCGAAAAGAGGGCGGUGGGAUCGAGAAGUUUACAAUACCCAAAGCCCCCACAAGUGAGGCUAGCGGCUCAAAGAGCGACAGCCCAACGAAUGUGGUAAACUCCUCCGUGAAAACCAAAGGUAAGCUACUAGUCGUUGUCGGAACCUAUAGUAUCGGUAAAGAAAGAAUAUGCAUGGGCAUAGCCCGGGCUUUAAACUGCAAAAUAUACGCCCCAGCGAACAAACAGCGAAUCUGCGCCGCACUCGAAGACGAUGAGCUUAAUUCGCGGCUUACAUCAGACCCGCACGCUGCGCAGGUACACAUGACCCCACUAAUGGAGAUCAGGCCUGAAACGCUCAAAGAGUACUUGUUAUCCUUCAAGCAAAGGUUUACCAAGAUUGUGGGGUUCAGGCCCAGCGGAUGGAAUUAUCGGCCACCAACAGGGAGGCUUGUGGACAGUCCACAGGUACAAACAGUGCUGAAUUCGCAGGCUUGGAGAAGUAAUUAUGGAGUCACUCAUAUGGUGCCACAAAGAGGGAGUACGGCUGAGGUCAAGUGCUUUGGUGUACCUUACAGCGAACACAGCAGCUUCAGGGAAUUGACGGCAUUCUGUUGCGCGCUAGAUAUUGUGCGGAUUAUUCCGACAGUCAACGUGGGAUCCGCGAAGUCGCGCGAGAAAAUGAAGUCGUGGUUUGAGAAGUGGGCGGCAGACAGGAAGAAGAACGGGUUUUACACACUCGAAGAAGGGCAAGAUGUGUUGUAG